GACGCAACGUCACUAAUUCAAAGGCGCUUAAAUGAAAUGGUUGGGCUCGCUUGGCCUGUCAUUUCCUCGGUGAAGUCGUUUUAUGCUUUAGGACAGUGAAAAGGCCCUUGUUCGCACGAACGCCUUUUCUGAGCCCCCAACGGUUGUCCCGCCGGUCCGGACAUUACGAUGGCUGCCAGGCUUCAAAUCAUGGAGAGACUCCACAAGGUCGAUGACCAGUUGGACGUCUACUACCGGUCCAUGGCGAAUUCUUACCAGUGCGUGGAAGCGGAGCUGAGUGCUCUCCUGCGUGACAUUGAGGAGCAGGCAGCAAGGAAUGUUAAAGCCGUUGCUCCAAAAUCAAGAAAGAAGUUGAAGCCCAAAGUGAAGCAGGAGAAGCGAUCGUCGGGCCCAGCCAGGCGUUCGUCGUUGCGGCGCACGACGCAGGCUAGCGCGAGUUUGACCAAGAAGAGCAGUGGACCGCGAAAGGUGAAGAUGGAACCGGUGUCGCCCCCUUCGUCGGACACGGACAUGGGUCAGGAAAACGUGGACCCUCGCGGCGGAGCCUCAGACCAGACGGAGACCGCGGCAGUCGAGACCAUCACACCUGUACAGGCGGCAACCCCGGUGGCGCAGACGCCUUCUCGGUUGCAAGGGACGCCCCUCAUGACGCGAUCCCAAACGCGGCAGCUUCAGAACGCCCAAGGGAACGCCCAGCACACGGUGCCAGACAGUAGCAAGACCCCGUUGUCGGCGGUGCCGAAGGCAAUGCGAGCCCUGCAGCUCGGCUCGCCUGCCAAACACACUCCAACGAGGGCGCGCCAGUUGUUCUCGCCCUAUGCCAAGUGCAGCGUCCAAGAGAAGGCUCGGGCCUUCGAGCAGAAGCUUGUCAAGCAUGUGCAACCAGUCCCGACUCCAUCCAAAGGAACGCCAUCAAGGGCUACACCAAAGGCCACCGCAGUUCCCACGCCAGUCGCGACUCCUUCUACCAUUACGCGGAAGGCUUUAAAGAGGAAGUCUUCCUUCGCCGAAAAACGGAUCAUGCGGAGCUCCACGGCAUCGCAGCUGGAGGAGAAUGAGAAGCAGACGGCCCAAGAUUUGUCGUCGACGUUAACGUCGGGAGGUGAGGACGACAGCGAUUGGCAGGAUUCGCCAGCGGUAAAGAAGUUUGCCCUGCCGCCGAGCAGGCCCAAGGUGGCUCGUGGCGACCCCGGAGCUAAGGCAGGCAAGGCCACCUCCAGCAAGGUCCUGGCUGUCUCCAAACCUGGCAUACCGUCGAUUCAGCUCGUGAGGCCCUCUACGAGCGAGCCUGGAACGUCUCGCAAGCGGCUCCACAGCAAGAGCCCGGAUGUGGCGCGCAAGAGGACCCCCAGCAACAGCUCGGAUUCUGAACAGCAGCGUAAGCAGGGCCUGCUGAAGAUGAAGACCGAAGCCAUGAAGAGGGAUCACGAGAAGAAGCUGGCACAGGUAAAUGCAGCUCGCCAGCAGAGAGAGGCAAGGAAGCUGGAAGCGGAUAGACUUCGAGCACUGAAGGAGCAAGAAAAGGAGGAGGAGCGGCGGAAGAAGCGGGCCGCCUUCCACCAGCGCAAACAGAGCGAUCGCAGCUUGGACGUCGCAACGCUGGCAGCCACGCACAAGCGGAAAGCGGAGUCUCCCGCCAUGAGCCUCCGUCCCAAGUUUCUGUCCCCUGCGCCAAAGAACCCCAGAAAUCACGGCAAACAGGAUGCAGAUGCAGCCAUGCUCGUCUUCGGCCAGCCAAACACGAGCCUGUCUCAGAAGGCGAAGCUGAACAACAGUCUUCAGCAGCAGGCAAUGCUGAACAGCCUGUCGAAGAGCUUCAAGAGCCAGGCGUCAUCUGUUGAGGGGGACUCGGCCCCCAAGGCACCCGUCGGCGCGCCAGCGGGCGAGAGCAAACCUAAUGCGGCUGCAGACUCUACAUUCACAAUGAACUCUACGUUCACCGUGGAGGCUGUCUGCCCUGACACACCCGUACAAAGCAACUCCACCAGGCCAAAGUCUGCAGCAACCAGCUAUGACAUCACGCCCCAUCGCAGCGAGCUUCCUCCAGCACCGAACAAGCAUCCAGACAACUACGACAUAGAGGACCUCGAUUCCGGGGACGAGACAGACGACGACAGCGAGCCGCACAAGGAAGUGCCAGCCUGGGCAACAUCUGUCCCACUGUUCAGGAUGGUAACGGCGCAGCACCGAGCUCGCCCGGCCGGUUCUCGUAUGUUCGGACAAAUCGAGAACUUGAACCUUGACAAUGUGUUCUCUGUGUCGAAGAAGUACUUCCACAAGAGGACAAGCUCUGCCAUCUGGGCCACCAAGGGGCAUUAACAGUCCUUCUCUGUUGCCACUUGAGGCAACGUGUAUAAAAGUGUGACAUUGUGCUCUGUACUCUUAAAAAAAAAAACUGAAAAGAGAAAGAAUAAGUUUUUUUAACACUCUGGUUGGGACACGCGUGUCAAGAAAUAAAUAAUGCGCAAAGGAAAAAAAAAAAACAUUUUAGAGCAAUAUUGACGGCGGAAAAUUUAUUUGAAAUUCUGCACACGAAGUACUUGACGUCGGCAGUCAUUCCGAAAUGACCAUCUCGUUUGUGAAAGCGAAGCCGGUCCACCUCUCCUCCACGCGCCCAAUAUGCCGAAAGAGAAAACAAGUGGAAAGGAGGUGACUGCCAACUAAAUCGCGUCUCGCGCCGUCAAUAUUGCUCUAAAAAAUUACUUUUACGCGUAAAAUUUAUUUUUUGACACGCGUGUCCCAACCAAACUGUUUAAAAAAAAAAAAAACAUUUCUUUUCUUUUCAGGUGUCCUUUAAACCGCUUUUAUUAUUGUGCGUCCAUCUUUUUUACCUUAUGAACAAUUAAAGGCUGCCUUAGCACCUCCUUUAUACUAUUUUAUACUUCUGAUUCAGA